AUGGGUAUCUCCAAGGAAGAGCGCGACGAAUGCCGGCGCCGCUGCCAAGUCUACCGGAAGUGGCUUCCCUCCAAGAUUUUCUCUACCAAGUCCAAAGACUCCAUCAAGAUCAUGGUCCUCCCAAUUGAAGCAUGCAAGCCAAAUUACCGCGAUUCUCCCGAGCCGCCCUAUGGCUUAUUGAACGGCUAUGCGUCGCUCAACAUGUCGCCCAUCACGCGGGCGCCAGAAAUCACUGCUAUUGGUAGGCUCAGGGUGUAUCUCCAGUUACAUGUCGUGGAUACAGCUAACCAAGGAAAUGAACCGCAGUAG